AUGGUGUGGUUUGUUCCCACAGAAAUCCCAGAAAAAAUCAAUGCCACUUUAGGUGUGACAGUGAAAGUGAUUUACAGGGAUUUCACAGAAGACCUGAACAACGUAUCUUCCCUGGCAUACAAGACUCUCAGUACACAAUUCAAGACACAGAUGAGUGAAAUUUACAAUGACCUUCCUGAGUAUAGAGGCAUGAACAUUACGAGGCUGCUCAAUGGCAGCAUCGUGGUGGAACACAACAUCCUCCUGGAGGCAGACUACACUCCAGAAUAUCAGGAACUGUUUGCAAACCUCACUAAGAUUGUCAAGGCCAAGAUUAUGAAUGAAACCAAAAAGCAUGUUGAGAAUAUCACCAUGUGCAAAGACCUUUUCCUGUGCUUUAAUGGGGAGGCCACCGUCGUGAGCGAGGCUGUGGAACUGGGCUUUAACUUCCAGGACCAAUGCACCCAGAAGGCUGCCCAGGACUUUGCCCAGUUCUACUAUGUGGAUGAUCUGAAUGGGAGGCUGUUCUGUGUGACUAAGUGUACCCCGGGGACAAAGUCACAAAUGAAUUGUCACCAAGGAAAGUGCCAGCUACAGCGCAGUGGCCCCCGCUGCCUAUGCCCCGCCUCGAACACGCGCUGGUACUGGGGAGAGACCUGUGCCAUGAACGUCAGCAAGAGCCUCGUGUAUGGGAUCGUGGGGGCCGUGGUGGCGGUGCUGCUGGUCCUGGUGGCCGUCUUGACCAUCUUCUUAGGCCGAGCCAAGAGAAAAGUGAACAGGCAAGAAUACGCUGUGUCUCCUGAGUGGCAAACAGGCGUCCCUGGCAGGUUUCAGAACACAGGCUUCUGGGAAGGCCCGAAUCUGAAGGAGGACAAAUUCGGCCUUGAGAAGGCCUACAGCCACUUCCAGCCCUCCCUGGAGAAUGUUGACCCCACCAAAGAGCUCCGUGUUCAGAGACCAGAGGUGGUGAGAACCAUGAAGUGAGUUAUCAGAGGCAGCCAUGCUUCAUCCAGACCUUGGCAAGAGAGUAGCAGAUGGAGAGCUCUCCACAGGCCCCAUGGAUAGCCAAGAGAAAACUGGAGUCGGGCCUGGAGUCCUGUGCCUGCCAGGGAGGAGGCAGGGCUGUGAGCCCUCCCACUCCCUGCCCUCUGCCUGGGUCCCAGACACCCUGACCCCCUCCUUUGCUCCUCAGCGACUCCCCCUCGGUGGAGCUUCC